CAAAACGAAAAGAGGAGUACAAAAAUUUGAAAACAUACAGUAUCAGCGAUUUGUUUGAUUUUAUACCUAUAAAACGAUGUCGUGACAAAAUAGUACAAUAUGGAUUCCGAGGUUAUCAAGAAAACGCAAGAUACAUUAGGAAAGGUUAUUAAAAAACCUCCUAUGACCGAGAAACUGCUGAAUAAACCACCGUUUCGCUUCCUUCACGACAUUGUCACGGAGGUGAUCAAAACAAAUGGAUUUUUCAAGGGUUUGUAUCAAAAUGAUGAGAUGAACUCAGCAAAUGUCAAGGAAAAAGAGGCAAAAAUUGCUUUUCUGCAAAAGGCUAUCGACUGUCUAGUUAUUGUCACUGGAGAAUCACUGAGUGUCCGCCCCUCAAAAGUUGUCGCUGGCCACGAGCCUGAGAAGACGAAUGAGUUUUUGCAGUUGCUUGGAAAAGCCUGUUUAAAAAAGCUUGAUAGCAAAGAUGGUGUAAAGAAAGUGUUGGGAGGAGAGAAGCCUGGCUCAGGUUCAGCCAAAAAAAGAAAAGAGUCAAGAUCAGGAAGAGAAAGGACAAGUGAGAAAGAGAACAGGAUAAAGGAAUCAGAAAGCAACAAAGAUACUAUUAACGAGAAUGAUGAUAAAAAAAGGAAAUCUAGUUCUGGUCGUGUAAACAGCAGUGACACGAGGAUACGCGACGAAUCGCUCGAGAAAAGAGGGAAAGAUGAACCAAAAGAUGGUUCGAAAGGAAAAGCGAGGGAAAGAGAAAGAACGAGGGAGAGGAGUAGUGAUAAACAAGAAGUACUCCAGGAGCAGAAUGAAAAGGUUGUAAACGAUGCGACUGAUGUAGAUGGCGACGAUGAUAUUCAAAAUAGAAACAUCCCCCGACCGGCAUCUGCCAAAGGACAAAGAAGAAGACCGAAAAACGAACAAGGAGAUGAUUCACAAGGUGACAGCGACGACGAGGCAACAGAACAGUCUCCAAGCACGAAUGCUCAUAGUGUCAAUGGCGAAGUUGAUACUGAUGAUUUACCACCAGAGAUGCCCGCCAGAAGAAAGCUUGCGAGACCAAGCAGUGCACGUCCUGCUCCACCACGUAAGAAAAGACAGCAAGAAGAGCAGGAAGAUACCAUCGCCAAAAUUGGUUCGUCAGCACAAGUAGCCAACGUUAUUGUUGAUAACAACAAAGACGAUGACGAAGAUGACACAUUCUUAGUUGAAGAAGCUCCGCCGGUUGCCCAGGAAGUCGUUCAUAAUGGUGAAUCGGAACCUGCUGAGAAUGGAACGGAAGAUGAACAUGGCGCCCUCGUUAAAAAAAUGUUGGAAACCAAAAAGGAAUUGGAAAGCAAGAGUAAAUCCAAAACAGAAUCAAAGCCGAAACCUGUCAUGAACGAUGCCCAUCGGCGUAAGCAACGGGAGCAUGCUCAAAAAGAGAUUGAAAAACUUCGGGAAAGUAUUCAAACGUUAUGUCGAAGUGCAAACCCCUUAGGUAAAAUUAUGGACUAUAUUCAGGAGGAUAUGGACAGCAUGCAGAAGGAAUUAGAAAUGUGGAAAGAAGAGAAUAAACAGCAUCAAAUUGCAUUAAAAAGAGAACAAAGUAUAACAGAGAGUGAAGUAUUGCCUCUGAAAUCUCACUUAACAGAAAUGGAAGCGGAAGUUGAAGAAAUGCUGGACAGAAUCAGCACUGUGAAAUGCAACAUACUUCGGAAUGAAGAGAAAAUUCAACAGUUACUGAGUGGCGUUGCCUUCUCAUAAAAAAUAGUUGCAAAAUAUUAAACAUUGACGAAUGCAGAUUUAUUAAUUUAUCGUUUCUGGCCCUCAAAGAAUGUUGAAUAGUUUUUCAUAGAUAUUCAUUGUCUAUAAUAUGUAACUAUUUGUUCACUUUGCCGAGCUUUGUACAGUUGUAUAUGGGAAAAUAAGUUGUCUCUAAAUUAAGAUUUGAGAAAACUCAGUACUGCUCUUUGUUAUUUUAAAUCAUGGCCUGAAAUUUGAUACAUUCAGCGGUUGUUGUAUUAGUAUGCAGGCCCUGCGAAUGGUAUGGUAACCCUGCGAAUUCAAGAUGACUGCUCAAUUUGUCUUAAGAGCCUGCGAAUACUGCUA